CUCUCUUUUCACUUUUCACUUGUCCUGGUCCACUCAUCUCUCUUCUCCAGCUUUUCUCAUCUCUUACCAUCAUUGCACUCCACUCUAUUGCACUCCACUCUAUUGCACUCUCUCGCACUCCAACCGACAUGCAAACCUGGCGCCAAAUAUACUGGAACAGAACCAGGAAGCAUUUCGUUGAUGGGUUAACUGACAUCCUCAAAAUGACCGGCGCAGACCCCCCUUCUAGAGCCCCCCACACCCUGUUCACGUUCAACUCGCACGAGGAUCUGCGGAUGUACGCUACGGGGUGUGAUGCAGACAUCGGGGGGAACUCGACUGUGAAUUUGGAUUUGGACGAGGCUAGUACUCCACAUCCACAUACGCAUACGCAUCCACAUACACAUCCACAUCCACAUACACAUACGCAUACACAUACGCAUGCACAUACGCAUACGCAUAAUGCGCGGACCACGCACGCGACUGCGAAGUUCUGGGGAGACAUGCGGUUGGAUGUGCGGCCGCAGUAUCAAGGAAGGGUGCGAGGUGGGUAUGCUGCGUUUCGGAAUAAGCCCCGCCCAACCCUCUUCGGCGACAUCCUCGACAACAUCGAGUUCCACGAAUACCUCGCUCUCCGUCUCCGUGUCUCCGGCGACCCAAUCACACACAACUCCUACUUCGUCAAUCUCCAAACAAACGGCCCGAUAACAACAGACGUAUGGCAACAUCGGUUGUUUUUCAGGAGGAAGGAUGAGUGGGAGGAUGUUUUCAUCCCCUUCCGCAACUUCGUCCGCACCAACAACGGCGAGCUCUCCGAGAUCCAACUCGAAAUGAGCCCCCACCUCCGCAGCGUCGGCAUCUCCCUCCUCGGCGGCAACAGCGCCGUCUCCGGCAAAUACCAGCUCAACAUCGACAGUAUCCGGAUCGUCAAUGAGGAGGAUGCGGUUUCUGACCUUGAUUCUUCGGGUACUGAUGAGAAAGAGGAGAAAGGUCAGACUUGGGAAGAUAUUAAGAUCUAAGUAGUGUAGUAGUUUCUCUGUGAUAUUACAACCAAUUGUAAUUGUGUGUUUGUUUGGAACCCGGAACAGGAACAGUACCCGUUGCCAUCCAUCAUGUAUUUUUACAUCUUGCAGUACAUCAGCUGCAGCAACCAUUGGAAGCAGUACAUAUAGCAACCCUUGGAAGCAGUACAUAUAGC